UGAGUCUGUGAGUCCUGGAGAGUCACACACACUGACGGAGAUGAGAAGAAGCAGCAUCGCCAGGAAGAUUUAGUGCGAGAGUCCCCUGCUCCGUGUUUGAUAUGAGCUCGAGCUGCGAAAGUUACUACAGCAAAGAAAAUGUGCUCGUGGGGGGCUUCACGUGCCCGAAAGCGGACAGUGACAGCACGGCACUUUUCUGCUGCGGUUUCAGUGACUUGAAGUACUGUUGUGAUGACCCCAACAGCUUUUUUCCCUACGAAUAUGGAUACAUGUGGUGGUUAAGUCUUGGAGCUCUUGUGGGUCUCUCUGUAGCAGCUUUGGUUCUUCUGGCCUUCAUCAUCACUCUCUGCGUCCUCUGCUAUCUGUUCAUCACCACUAAACCCAGAGGCCUGGACAACGGGCUGCCGCUCCGAGCACCAGAAAUUCCACAUUCACCGGGGCCGAGUCAUAUCAGCGCCCCUGCUGAACCUCAACGUCCCAGGAAAUACUUUUUCAGGACAAAGCUGGACUGUGACAACCAGCCCCCGGACCCUGACCGCCUUUUCCAGCGUUGUUUCAUGGCUACUGUGACGUCUAUCAACGUUGAGGGUCCUGCAUAGACCGGUGAAAUACACAUGACUUCUUGAGCAGCUAAUUGAACAUUGAUAAAAAACCAUUUGGUGACAGCCUCCUUGCUGCUACUGUGCAGUAUUGUUUCUCAAGAUGCACACUUUUGAAUUAAAAAAGUGAAUUGGGAAUGAAAAUGUGUUCACUGUGUCUUGGUGAAACAGAACAGUA